AUGACCUGGGAGCUGAUGUGGCAAAGCAAGGGGAAGCCCAACAUGGAGCAUGUGUAUUUGAUGGGCAGUUGGAAUAGUGUGGGAUCACUGGAGCCUGGCGUUUGGCUCACGAUCAGCGGUGAUGGGACCAUCAAUCUGAUGGCAGUUCUCGAUGGUGAUUUGAAGGAGUGGUCGCCUCAGUGUGGCAAAAACCUGCUGGAUGGCGCGUGGCAUCACAUCGUCACCACCUUCAGCCGCAGCGAACGCUUCAUGCGACUCUACGUCGAUGGCUGUUUGGAGGCGGAACUCCAACGAAGCUACGACAAGGGACUCCAGACCUGGAAUUCUGGCUUCAACCCCACAGCCAUGGGCCACCGACUCUUGUUGGGUCCUGGACAUCGAGAGGCCAAAGGCAAGGCCUUUGAGCACGACUCCCGCUUUGGACGUCUCGCACUCUGGGACCGGGCCUUAUCGCAAGAGGAAAUCCUUCACAGGAAUGCCGAAUGCCGGCGGGAUGGCUUGGUGGCUGUCUACCGCUUUGACGGAGACUACAAGGACUCCCGGCAAAAUAUGCCCGCCUUCCAAGAUUGGAAGGGUGGCUUUGAGGACGAGGAUGCUCCAGCAAUGUGCGAUGCCAUGGGCAAAGGAGCGCUGCCUGCCGAGUGA